AUCCCCUUCCAACCACCCUUAUUCACUUGUACGACAAACACCCUAAACCAGUUGUUACUGUUAUCUUACACACAGCAGCUUACCUUUUAACCUUUGUAUUUUUUGUACAUAGUGUACGUAGUUCAGUUCCAAGCGUAUUCUCAUAUCACUUGAAAUUUCAAUGAUCAAUAUACAUGUAGUGAUUCUUUCAUGUUUAUUUGUUGCAUCAUCUUUUCUCAUUUACCAAGUAUUUCAUUCGGUGAGUGACAAUAGUGAUACAACUACGAUGGGUUUUAAUUCAAAAUUAGUGUCUGUAAUUAAUCGUAUAAAACAAGGAUAUUUUUCAAAAAAGAUUACCGAAUUUCAAGUUCCUAAGAGGGUGUCAUCAUCAGAAAAAGAAUCCAUCUUCAUUAACAAAAAUUUACGUAUACCUUGCGAUGAAAAUGAAUGCGAACCAUCAGUUUCUUAUCAUACUCCUUGUCAAUGUGUUAACAAAAUGAUGAAUGCAAUGGCUGAUAAAUUCAAAGAUCCGAGAAAGUUUCCCCAAAAUGAGCAAAGUAUCAGUAAAUCUUUUCAUGAGUACGCCAAGCAGACUCUUCUUAUCGAAGAUGUUUCUCCAACCGACGAGAAUAUUGAAAUUAUUAGAAAUGCAUCCCUGUACGCGGAUACCCUAAAUUUACAAGAGUUCAGUUUGAACCAUUUGCUCGAAAUACAUAGAUUAGUUAUGAUAAAAAAUGACCAACUUGCUGGUAAAAUAAGAGACCAAGAUGUAGUUAUUCGACUGCCAGAUGAAGGUUCAGUGAUGAGAUUCAGGAAAACACCUCCACCACACGAACUAGACAAACAUCUGAAGGACUACUUUCAAUGGUUCAGGUCAGAAAUUAAUAGCCAAACAAACGCGCUGGUUUUUGCUGCUAUGGCUAAAUAUUAUUUCGUCACUAUCCAUCCAUUUGGGGAUGGAAAUGGCAGAACAUCGAGGGUCAUCUUGAAUACUAUUUUACGUAAAUUUAUGCCUUGUUGGGUUACCAUACCAGUAGCUGAAGUUGAAAAAUAUUAUGCGGUUCUUGGCAUCGUGCAGGACAGCAAGAACGUAAAUCCAUAUUUGGCGUACAUCACCGAGUGUAUAAGAAGAUCGUUGGAUGAUUACACUCAGGAUGCAACUGGUAGAAAUUUUCCAUUCGCCAUGAUGUUCUCAACCACUAUCGCCAGAUAGGCGUAAAUCGAUUGAAAGCACCGAAUGCCAACGAAUCGGAUCCGAUUUUGAACAUUUUCCACUCUGCCUUCCCACCACUCCUCCGGUAGCUUCACUCUCAGUUAAAAAAAAAAAUACUUACCUAGAUUUUUAUCUGCAAAAUUUUUCCACAUCUGCGUCAAAAUUCUUCUAAAUGAUCCCAUUUUCAAAAAAAUAAAUUCCUUGGUUCCCGAAACAAUAUUGGUCCCUUCUAUGAAGCCCCCCCCCCCUCCAUCGAAAAAAAAAAACUAAGAAAUUGGAAUUCAUCGCAGUCGGUAAAAUUAAGUUUGUUUUCAGAAAGAAAAAAAAACAUCUCGUUUUCUUUCCCCAAAAAAAUGUUGAUCUCCUUCCAUGAACCUUGAAAACCUUUUUUCAUCUUGAAACCAGUAAACAGGAACAAAAAACGAGCCUUCUGAAGUAAAAUUUUGAUCCCAUGAAAGCCCAGGAAGAGGCGAUGGUGGAGAGAAGAGGUGUAAAAGGCCCAACAUUUUUAAAGAAAAAUUUUCCCUAAAUCAGUCACUUUUUUGGGGGAAAAAAUUAUAAAAUAAUUUGGAGAAAAUUCAGGUAUGAGAAACGUGCAGCUCAGAAGAAGGGAUUUUUAGCACAGGCGAAUCGGGAAUUCGAGAUAAUGGGGGAAAAUUUCAUUUUUUUUUCAGUUAAAAACUCAAAAUUUUAAACUGUUCUCUCCAAUAUUAAUCCUUCUGAAUAACAUUGAAAAAUUUCAAAAAACAUCAAUUCCUUUGUUAUUCUUCAUUUUCAAAAACAAUAAGAUGCUUGGCUGGGGUAUUAGUUAUUGUUGAUUCUUCGAGCUGGAAUAAUCAGGAUAUAUCAUUAUUCAUUUUACAGCCAAAAUAAUCCAAUGUGGGUAAUGGGAGAGGUAAAAUUCCACAGAAAGGCCCUCCUAAGGUCCCUAUACCUACUUAUCGAUAACUCAACAAUUAAAUAGCAAUUUGUUUUUUAUUAGUUUCAAAUCAAGACGCAGGUAUUUUCUUAAAUAGAUAUCAAUUAUUUAUGGUGUUUAUUUUUUAUCAAUCAUCCAUUGUUACCGUUGAUUGAGUAAUUUGUUUUGGAUGCGGUAAUUUAAGAUUGAAAUAAAUGUCCAACUGUUGCAUUUAAUGUUUA